UUCUCCCUUUCUUAUUUACAUUUCAAAUGAACCCCUGACUGGUUCCUCUGAUUGCUGCUGUUGUUGCCCCUGUCCCGACCACAUUCAGUAGGUUUUUUUGUCCACCCGACAGGGUCAAAAGCCGUCUCGCUAUUACGUAACGCUAUCCGGAAAUGGCCCCCAAGGAACCGUCCGCGCUGACCAAGCUGUACCUGAUCCUGUACAACGGCGCACAGGUUGCGGGAUGGUCGUACAUGCUGUACCAGCUGGUCGGGUACUACACGUUCGACAAGGGCAGCGGCAAGACCCUGUGGGAGUACCUGGGCACGACCGUGCAAAUCUUCCAAAAUGCCGCAGUGCUUGAGAUUCUCCACGCAGCGACCCGCAUCGUUCCGUCCAAUCCGGUCAUCACCACCUUCCAGGUGCUCUCCCGCGUGAUGGUGGUGUGCGGCGUCGUGAUGGCCACCCCCACCGGCAAGACCUCCCCGGGACUCCCGCUAGCCCUGCUGGCCUGGUCCGUCACCGAGAUCAUCCGGUACGGCUAUUACGCGCUCAACCUGGUCGACGCCGUGCCCAAGCUGCUCGUGUUCCUCCGCUACACGACCUUCAUCGCGCUCUACCCGAUCGGGGUGACCGGCGAGCUGCUCUGCUUCUACUGGGCCCAGAGCUUCGUGCGCGAGUCCAAACAGUGGAGCAUCGAAAUGCCCAACGCGGCCAACUUUACCUUCUCCUACUUUUACUUCCUGUGGACCGUGAUGGCGCUGUACAUUCCGCUCUUCCCCCAGAUGUACCUGCACAUGUUCGCCCAGCGGCGGAAGAUCCUCGGAGGUGGCGGCGCCAAGAAGGACACCGACAAGCAGAAGGUCAAAUAAUCGCACACAGGCGCGAACAUUCCCAGAUUUCAAUGUCGGUUCAGGGGUUCCAAAAGGUUAAGGGUUACACUUCAUUAUUGUUUGCUCAAAUGUUUCUAACCUUGCAGUGAGGAGGUUGCUUUAUUUAUUCUCAAACGCAUGACUCUGACGUUACUUCGUCACACUUCAAUAAAAACAACGUUCGUCCAGAGAAAAACAAACUUAAACCUAACUUUUUAUUCAUUUCUCACCAUGCUUAUUGCACCGAAGGAGCGAAAAAAAAUCAAAUACGCUUAAAUGGAGAAGGUUCCCCCGAAGGUCAACUUGCGGUUAGUUGGUUGGUUGAAGAAAUUUGAAUUAGAUUAACCUGGCCCCACUCGCUCCCCUCUUUUUCUUUUGGCAUAUCCGCACCUUUUCAGCAAAAUUUUCUUUUCCCUCCCCUUCUAAUAGAUAGCGAACUCGGCGGAUGAAAACGAAAAUCACGACAUUGGCGAAGUGAAGGUUCAAACUGAGCUGUAGUUUUGGUAAAUUAAGUUAGGAUAAGUUUUUAACUCUAAUCUAGAUUUGAAUAGAGAUUUUUAAUUUAAUUUAUCAACGGUUAAUUGUAUUACAAAUAUAGAAAAUCAAUCUUGAAUAAAUAGCAAUUGAAUUUUAAGUUA